GGAAAGGCGGGCACGGCGGGCACGGCGGGCGGCUGCCUGGAAGGUGUUGGGGCUGUGCGGUGUCGGGGAGGCAGCAGGAAGGCGCACAGAGUCUGUUUGAGCAACACCAGGAUGGAGGAGCCCACUGGGAACCUUCCCAUCCGCAGAGCCGUCAUCCUUCCCGAGUCGUGCUGUGGUCACGUCACCAUAACAAACCUGUGAGUGACUCUGGUCUGCCGACAGGGCCCGCAUGUUUGGCCGCUAACUUUGCUAAGGCUAAAACAUCUCCUUAGGAGCAGAAUUUCUCCUUUCUGUGGUGGAAGUGCUGAGAUCUUUGGUGGCUUUAACUGACCCUCAGGAGGGGAAGCUGACUCAGUCUCAAGAGAAAGCACUAAACUCGCUGGGCAUUUGGAAAAGUGUACUUGGAGUUGUUCCUGGGCCUAUAUCUAAGACCUCAGUGGAGUGACAGCUGGAAGAUGGGAGACCAGGAGGCAGGUGAACCUUUUCUGGGGAUAGUGGCUGACGGAGGCAGAGACUUUGAAGGAGCUCUGCCCUCAGACACGGUGUCACUCAGCGAUUCUGACUCUGAUGACUUGGGGCUGGCGGGUGAAGCAGAAGUUGAUACGAUAUCUCCUGAGGAGCCCUCUGUAGAUGAAGGGGAUUUCAGAUCAGGAGAGACACCUGACUCUUCAAACAGCGGUCACAGAUCUCCUGUCCAGCCAUUCCAUCUGAAGGGCAUGAGUUCUACGUUCUCUCUCCGUAGCCAGAGCAUUUUUGAUUGCCUGGAAGAGGCAGCCAAGCUGUCUGUGCCCUCGAUGCCUGAAGAUAAUGUUGUUGAUGGGAGGUUUAAGCGUCCAUUGCCUCCGACCACAGUUCCAGGUAAAGUUCCCAUGGUCCCAGAAAACAUGGGAAGGCAAGCCAGAGCAGUGCAGGCUCCCAAAACCUCUCCUGCAGUGCCUGACUACGUGGCACACCCAGAGCGCUGGACCAAAUACAGCCUAGAGGGAGUUUCAGAGUCCAGUGACAAUACUAACAGGGCAGUGGCCAUGGAAUUUCUAGGUGGUUUGAAGAAAAGAGGGGAGCAACAGAGCUCAGCUACCCAAGACAGCUACACCCCAUCCUUCAACCAGGACCCUUCCAGCUGUGGAGCUGGGAGGAUUGUCUUCACCAAACCGACUAAAAGAGGUGUUGAUGGACUGGAAAAGAAAACAUCAACAGGGGAGGAUGAUAAGAAACAGAUGAAGACAGAUCUGAAAGGAAAAUCUCUUAAAAAGACCGAUGACUUGAGGGAAGAAGAUAAGGUUGAGCUGGGGCACUUAGACAGUGACAGUGGAAAGGCAGCAGAGGAGGAGGAGUGCGUGAUGGAGGGGGACCAGAACACAGAGUAUAAACCUGAUGCAAGGCUUAGUGGUGCAGGUGAAGAGCCAUCACUGGGAACAGUUGGAUUCCACUGCAGUAAGAAGAAGAGCAGGAAAAAUUUCCGACCUAAAGUAGAUGAUGAAGGGGAGGAGGAUGAGUCCUGAAGGAUGAAGUACAUUGGAGACAUCCCAGGACUUGUCGUGUUCAUUUUUUUUCCUCUAUUUUUUUUUUUUUUUCCUUUCUGGUCUGAAAACCACGUGAUAGCAUUUUGUCCAACAGUUUGCAUCAUAGCCACCAAGAAUGUUUUGUAUUGUUAGAAAUUAAGCUACCUAAAAUAAACUCCAGACUUUUUGUUUAUGAGAAUUCUGUGGGCACAGGAUAGUUGCAUCCUGGCAGGGUAGAAUAAAGUGUGAUACUCCAGAGCUGAAGUACCCAAAGACACAGAAGUGUUAGCUAAACGGUUUCAGGGCUUCCUAGUAACUCCCAGUUUUGGAAUUGUUCCCAAAUCUUGUGGAAUCCUGGAGAAAAGGUGAUGAGCUCAUUAUGUAGAGAUUUUUAAACAAUGGAAAUAAAACCUAGUCUUCCACUGGAUGUGAUUUCUCCUGGCCCUAUCCCAGGAAGGAAAACCUUUUAACUUUUUUGUUUAAAAACAUCUUUUUGUCAUUGCCAUUGUAUCACUUUUUUGUUUAAAAACAUGUUUUUGUCAGUGCCCAGUUAUAUGAUGUGAGGACCUGCACCUUUGUAUGUCCUUUCCAGGAGGUGCUGCUUCCAUACUGAUUCUGUAUGUGGAUUGGGGUAUUUGUGGGAAUCAGGUAUUUAUACCAGAAUUGGAGACUAUUUUUUUUCUAUGUGAUACAAUAAACUUUUGGUUGUAACUUGA